UUUUGUUGUAAACCGCCCAGAGAUGUAAGUUUGGGGCGGUAUAAAGAUAUGUUAAAGAGAAAAAUAAAUAAUAUUUCUUUGGGUGGCACUCGGGAUCUAUAUCCCCAGUCCCAGGUGUACACUUCUUGCAUCUGACUUUGACCCACCUAGGAUUCUGCCAUAAAUAAAUGUGUCUAACUUUAAUGUACAGCCCACUUUUCAACCAAAGUUCUCAAAGCAGUUUACACAGAAAAAUAAACAAAUAAGAUGGAUCCUUGUCCCCAUAGAGCUCACAAUUUAAAUGAAACAAAAGGAGACACCAGCCACAGCCACUGGAAGGGAUGCUACGCUGACUUGAAUAGGGACAGUUACUCUCCCCCUGCUUAAUAUAAGAGAGAAUCAUCACUUUUAUCUAAUAGGUGCCUCUUUCCUCAGUUAAGCAGGCAAGCAAGAUCGACUGUGUUCAAUGCAGUUUACUCCAGGUAAGCGCGCAUAGAAUGUUUCAGAUCACAAACGAUUUAAUCGAAAGCAGGCCCCAUCCCAUUGCGUUCAGUGGCGCUUACUCCUGAGUAAUUGCAUACCUUUGCAUCCGUGGGGGGUUUAAGGGGAAGGAGCUGCGAGAAUGGAGCUAGUCAAUAGGGGGCGCUGGUGGAGCUUCGCCAUUCAACAUUGCAGGUUCGCCAUUGCACCGGAGAGGAAGAGGAGGAGAGAAAAGGGGGUCGGGGGUUCCUCAGGAAGGAAGCAGCUGAUCGGGGUAACGGGCUGCAAGCCCUCGCUAGUCUCCAACCAGCCAUCCAGGGUGGGCGUCCCGAAGGCACCCUGGAGGGGCUCCUCUCUUGGACCGGCCUGGGCUGAGCCCCGCGCAGCUGAUCUGACUCCAAGAAGCGGGUGGAAGCGGAGAAGAAGCCGAGAGCGAGUCAGCCAAGAGCCCCACGUGCCCGCAACUCUGCGUGCAAAAGUGCUGGCCUGUUUCUUCCAGCCGACCUGCAAUUGGGGAUAUAUUACACAGCACUGGACUGCAUCAAAGGAAGAUCUGGAUUUUGAGAGGAAAGCAUUUUGUCUGCAUUCAACCUGCCAGGAGGGACACGGUUUGCUCUCUAAUUUUUUAUUUGAGGGAUAAUCAGCGGUGAAGGUAAUGGAGGCAAAAUCUACUGGUCCAGAACUAGAAGGAGCAAGAAAGCCCUUCAGCUCAGUUCAGCCAGCAUGGAGAGCAUCACGAGAGGGCAGACAGGAACUCGGCAAGGAGAUGCAAGAGCGUUGGGAAGCCCAGUGGCAGGGAUUCCUGAAGACCCUGCAGGCUCCUCACUUGGCUUGGGGGAGCCCUCAGCUACCAGAGACCACACCUUGGGAUGACACCAAGACCUUUCUCACCUCCUUUGAGCAAGUCGCUGAAGCUUGCCGGUGGCCUAGGGAGGAGUGGACAACCAGACUCCUGCCAGCCCUUAGUGGAGAGGCAGAAGAGGCCUUUAGUAGCCUGGAAGCCAGGGAUAAGGAAGACUAUGGGAAAGUGAAGGCUGCCAUCUUGAGAGGGGAUGCCAUGAGAAGGGAGACACAGCGCCAGCACUUCAGGCAGUUCUGCUGCCAACAGGUGGAAGACCCACGGAGGGUUUGCAGCCAACUGCAGGAGCUUUGCUGCCAGUGGCUGAAGCCAGAGAAGCACACGAAGGAGCAGAUCCUGGAGCUGCUGAUCCUGGAGCAGUUCCUGGCCAGCCUGCCAGUAGAAAUCCAGAGCUGGAUCCGAGCAGGUGGGCCAGACAGCUGUUCCCAGGCCGUGGCCCUGGCAGAGGAUUUCCUGAUGAGCCAGAGAGAGGCAGAGUCAGGGAAAUGGCAGGCACUCUUGGAGGAGGAGGAGAAGGAAUGUGUGGGUUCCCUGCAGGCAAAGGAGAAACACCCAGACACUGUGCAGGGACAGAGCUACAAAGAAGCCAAGCAGAACGGUGAUGGGGAGAUGAAUUUGCUUGGCAGUGGAGUCCAGUGCCCAAGUCACUCCAUUGCAUUGCUGCCUCCAGAAAGACAGGAAUUGGCCGAACCUGGGCUGACUGAGGGAUUGACCGACCUCAAGAAGACGGGUGUGUCGUUGCAUAUGGUUGAGCGGACUCCAACACAACCAGGCCAAGGGACCACAUUUUGGAAAGUCUUUCCAGAAGAUGGUGGGACUGUAGAUUCUUCAGAGGGAAUUUUGGUUCCCAAACCUGACCUCUUCACUCACCCCCCAAAAGAGGAAGAGAUAUUCCACCAGUUUCCUGUGGAAAGUGAGAGACUCCCAGGCCAAGAUUCAGGUGAUGAGAAGAUAACUCAGAUCAAGAUGGAGAAUUCGCAGCAGGGUGAUGGGAAGAGCGCUAAGCUCAAGAUGGAGAAUUCUCAGUGUGGCAGAAGCAAGAUACAGAAAACAGCCAGGAUUCAACACGCUACAACCCUGAGAAAUGAGCCAGUGAUAGUGGAAGUACAAGAGCAGAGAUGGAAGCCCAAAAGUCAGCUGGGGACAAAAACAGUGGAGGAAGAGAAUGGAUCCCACCAAUUUACAGAAAUGCUCAAGAAUGCCCCAAGUGAAACGACCACACCUAAAAGGCCCAACGUACCCUUGGCCUCCAAGUAUGGGAGGAGGUACCAUUAUAAAUUAGGACUUGUGAUGAUACAUUCUAGAGAGAAGCCCUAUGAAAGUUCUGCAUGGGCAGAAAAUGUCCACCAAAAGCCUUGCCUCAGUAAACAUCAGAGAAUGCAUACAGUAGAAAAAUCAGGCAGCAGAAGCAUCCAACAGGUAGAUUAUUCAAUUAGACACCAGAGCAAACCAACAGGAGAGAGUACAUACGAGUGCUCCGAGUGUGGGAAGAGCUUUACUUAUAAAAGUGCACUGAAAGUUCAUCAGAGAAUUCACACUGGAGAGAAGCCCUUUGAAUGUUCCUAUUGCGGGAAAUUUUUCACUCAGAACAUCACCCUGCAGAGGCAUGAGCGACUGCAUACUGGAGAGAGCCCUUACAAAUGCCCUGGGUGUGAAAAAAGCUUUCGGCGGAGAGAUAAGCUGAUUGAACAUCAGAGGGUUCAUACAGGGGAGAAACCUUAUGGGUGCUCUGAGUGUGGGAAAGGCUUUAGUCGAAAAGAUUCACUCAUUAGCCAUCAGAGAAUCCAUGGGGGCAUGUUAACUGGAUGAAUUGUUUUCAUGCUGUGAACAUUUAGCAUUCUGCAGAAAGCCUCAAUUAGUUGUUGCAUAUUAGAGAACCUAAAGGAGUAGCACAAACUUAUGUGCCCUGAGCAUGGAUUGCUUACAUGCAUGCAUUUCUUACAUGUAUUUCUUCAGAUAUUUGGCUCAUUUACGCAAUUGCCAGCAGGGUAGAAGAAGCGCCCAACCUGGGUAGGGGAGCUGGGUGUUCCCCCCGAUUGGUGGUCAAGUGUUUGCAUACAUCAAGGUAGGAGGUUCAUCAAAAACACCAAGCUUCUUCUUAUCAGUGGCUGGUAUUCUGGUUGCUGUAGGUCACCUCCAGCCUCAGAGGCAAGAUGCCUCUCAAUACAGGUUGCAGGGGAGCAACCGCUGGAGAGAGGGCAUGCCUGUGCCCCCUCCCCAUGGCAUCUGGUGGGCCACUAGGUGAAACAGGAUGCUGGACUAGAGAGGCCUUCAGCCUGAACUAGCAGGGCUAUUCGUAUGAGGAGGAGAGCCUGAUCACGUGUGAAGGGGCAGAUGGGUAGGACUAGUGUUGCCUAGCAAGAUUUCACCCCCGGCAUUUCCCCGCUCCAGGGUCUCAACAGGGACUCAAAGCCCUUCACUUUCUAAAUGGAAAUAAUAUGCUGCUGUUGCUAUUCGAACCGUUUGUUACAGAGCUGAAUAUUGGACUACAGUCAAUGUUAUUACCCCAUUCUUCCUGUUACAAGGAGUGUCCUCCACCUUUUUUGGUUGACAAUUUAGUCUGCCCUUCUGGGUGAAUAGCCACAUCAAGCCCUGUAGGGUUUGGUAACUAUCCCUGACUCCUUGUAAAAUACCCCGUUAUUGCAUCGGAGCGGGGCAUGGGGCUUUGAGGGUGGGUGUGACUACGGGGUUGUCAUGGAGAGCAACUGCACUUCUGAACCUGCGACCACACCACGGCGUGACCACCGACUCGGAGCAUGCCUGGCUCUGUUGCCAGACUGGGCACUUCUCCUACCCUGCCAGCAGUUAUGUGAAUUAGCCUAUUAUCAAACAGCAGAGAAGCCUACAGUAGACAACCCUACAUAGAGGAGGAAAUAAGAGCUUUGUCUUGAUCAGGGGUUCCUGACUUGGGUCUGCAGACGUGGUUGGACUUCAGCUUCCAUCAUCCCCCAGCCACCAUGGGCAGAGCCAAUGAUGGCAGUUGUAGUCCAGCCACAUCGGGAGACCCACGGUUGGGAACUUCUGCUCUAGAGCCAAGCAAAGUGAACAUAAGAAAUGUCUUUCUGGACCUGCCCAUUCUCUUCAUGUUCCCGUUCACUAGAUACACCGUCAUCUCUUAGUAGUUGUGUUUUUUCUCUACCAAAUGAGCCAAGUGCUGCUGCUUUUCAUGUGGAAGACGCUCCGACCUCUCGAUCGUUUUAGUUGCUCCUUUCUAGCUCCUUUCUGUGAUAACUAUCCACAGCAAGCAAGGGUUUUGUUGGGUCUCUGGAUGCUUUUUGCCUACAGUUCAGGAGUAUGCAAUCUGGGCUUUCCAGCUGUUGCUGUACUACAACUCCCAUCAUCCCUAGGCUGUACUGUGACUGGUGAUGAUGGGAGUUGUAGUCCCACUACAGCUAGAGAGCUUCAGGUUGGCCACCCUAGUGUAGCUGAUCCAGCAAAAGAUAUCCUCUCCCCCACCCACCCCCAGCCACUGUAGAUCUUUUGCACCCCUUCAUGGCAAUGCAUAUUCAGAUGAGCAAUGGGAUGCAGGCAGGAAUGUGAGUUCACAUUCACUUUCACCCCAUCCACUUUUCACCCCAUCCGCUUUCUUGUUCUGCUGGUCAUCUUGGAUUGGUGCCACUAGCUCUGCAUAUCCCCUGGGAAAGGGAGAUUAACAGGGCUGCCUUUAAAAAACAAAAACAAAGAACUCCUGGCUCUGCUCCUGUGCCUUUAAUUGGAACUUCAGUUUGCAGACAUGAGCAAGCAAUAUGUCCUGAAAAAGCUGCACCUGUUUUCUGGGGAUGAUCCUACUAUCCAAGGCACAUGAGCAAGCCAGGCUUUUUUCUUCUACAUGGCUGGCAACCUGAAGGCUUAAUGUACCUCUUCAAUUAAGCUGGGUUGGUAGGAUGACUCAAGUUGGCACUGUGACAAAUAGUGCUCUUGUGUGUUGGAUUGUAAGUGUGCUUUAAAAAAAGAAAAGGGGGGGGGAGUUCCAUGGUGUAUUAAGGGUCUCUUCUUCCCAAACUACUGUUGCCAUGGUUUUCUUGAUUUAGAACUGAGAGCGAGCUACGUCAAUAGCUAAUGUAGCUUCCUUUGUUUUUUAGACCUGUCCCAAAUGUCCCCCGACUGAAGUCUCUAGCAUAGACAUGCCAUGAGUUGGCGCCCCCAGUUCCUCAUUAGCAGGGAAGCAGUGAAACCCAAUGUGGCCAUUAGAUGUAAGACAGCAAAGUGGAUGGAAGGUGGGCCACAGUCCUUCAGUGGACCACUGCCAAUUUCUGGUGGGCCACCUGGUGCCUCCUAGUUGCUGGGAUUCUUGAGCAGCUUGCUAGACUUGAUGAUCCCAUAUCUCAACCAGUGAUGCCAGUCUUGUAUUCUAGAGCAAAAGUCGCAUACUCUGGAUCAACUAAUAAAGACUGUGUACACCCUAAGCAUUAAGAGAUCUGGGGUAGUUGUGCUCUUGCAUUGUUGGGUCACAAGCAGUGUUCCCUCUAAUUUUUUCCAUCAGUGAGCGGAAUGAGUUUUGUUCUGGGCGGCAGUAUCAAGGCACUGUGCGCACAUGUGCGUUAUUAUGUGCCACUAUAGAUACAGCACACACACACCAAAAAUAUGGAAGGAUAGAAAUGUGCUUCACAAUUCUACGUAUCUGUCUUAUGUUUUAAAAGCAAUUGUAUUUGCCAUUGUUGGUUAAAAGUGGCCUGUAAAAAUAAAACUUAUCUAAGUUUUGUUUAUUUAAA